AUCAUAUUCAAUCGUUUAUCUUGCAGUCAAUCUUUGACCUGCCUUAUCCAUUCAGUUGCAUUUACCGUCCCCGCUUUGCUGCAGGUCUAUCUGUGAAGCCGUUUCAUCUUCGUCUGAGUCCUGAGCAUUUUUUUCGCGGAGGGCCAGUGCCUUUGGUUACAUCUUUGUGGGGUAAAGUCUAGAUUGGUAACGAUUUACUUGGGAGAUUAUCCGUACGACUCUUUCUUUGUUUUGUUGAGGGAGGGGAAGAGUAUAGGUAUAAGAGACAUCCGCUUUUGGGGGGUUUUCGUCUUGGUAUAUCUCAACUUCAUUUCAAAAUCUUAUAUCCGGAUUUCGUUUCGUUCUUUGCUCGACGCGGUUGAAACAUCUGAUAAUCUGAAAACAUACGGACUAUUCACCUACCACGGAUACUUUUCUAUAAUAUCUCGAGCAUAUAUUCAUAUCAAUCCUCUCAUAUACGGGUCUUCGACUUCAGACCUCAAAAUGCAACUCUCGUCGACCUUUCUCUUCGUGACAGCUGCUGUACUCGGUACCUUUUCACUCGUCACAGCCACGCCAAUGCCUUGCAGCGACGCAACAAGAGAUCUUGUACUCAGAGGAACCUUAGAUCCAAGCGCAUGUUGUAGUUAUGGUGUAUGUAAAGGGCUCGUAAAUGUCCAAGGUGGUUGA